GCUUUCUGGCUUCUGCGUUUGGCUUUCUGCUUUCCUUCUCUCUGUUCUCUCUCUGGUCCAAAAUUCAAGCUCCGGUCUUUCUGGCUUCUUCGAUUGCCUUCAGUUUCAACGUUUCCCAUAAAUGCUUUUGGGUGAAGCUGAUGAAUUCAAUGAAUGGGUUCGGAUCAUAAAUAAAGAGAGAAAUUGUUGGAUUUAAUUUGGUGGGUUUGGGUGGAAGAAAAUUGGGUUUCUAAUCGAAUCGAGACAUUGUUUUCAAUCAAUUAAUGCGAUCUAACUCUCCUCUCUCUCCAUUUGACAUUGUUUUCACGGGUCUCUCAGUCGCAGACACCCUUUUUCUUCCUUUUCUCUUUUACCCUUUACGUCUCUCUCUCUAGGAAGAACCUGAUUCUCUGGGCACGAGGUGGGGAGCGCAGUGCUUUACAUUUCAGUGGCUUUUUUACAAAUCGCUUUGCCUUUAAUCGCUUUUACCUUUGUCUUCUUCUUCUCCUCCUCCUCUCUGAAUCUCCUCUGUUUCUGCUACUGCUUCUGCUUCUGCUUAUUUUCUGAGCUCUCUUCACUCCCGCAGAAAAAACGGAGAGAUAUCUGGCAAUCGAUCGAAGCAACUGAUAAAUCGUCGAUUUUCUCAUUUUUUUGCUAAACAAAUAUAAUAAAUAAAAUAAAAACCAAACCCCACUUUUUCGGUUCUCUUUCCGGCGACCUUUUCGUUUCGCUAAAUAGCCAUCGAUACCCACAAAAAGAAACAAAUGAUAAAAAACUAAACACGAAGCUUUCUCUCUCCUCUCGCUCUCUCUUUCUCUUUCCACACGUUGUUCUCGCCCACUUUCUUCUUCAGCACCCUUGCCUCCACCUCAUUACCCCCAUUCCAGCAUCUGGGUUCUGCUGUCUUUUCGUUUUCCUCACCUGGGUUUCUUCCAUUUCAUCGUUCUGCGAUCCAAGUUUGAAGAUUUUAGAGAGCUGAGCUCAAAAUUUGCAGAGAGGCGAAGGAUCUGUUCCUCGAGCUCAAUCAGACGGUCCAGAAUCCUUCAAAUUCCAGAUGUUAGUACCACCUGCCACCAAGCAUCGAGACGUGAGACGUGGAGGAGGAGCCACUCGCUUCAAGCAAUCUUCUGGACCCAGCAACACCACCACCAAGCUCUUUCCCAGUUUGGAUGGUGGUGGGGACUUUGUGCUCUCUGGAAAAUCAACGAAGAAAGAGAGGCUCAGAAAAUUGAGUGCUCUUGGUACUGCAAAAACAACGAGCUUUGGAGACUGCGAAAUGGGUUGCGACGUGCCUGACAGAGACGAUGAGCUCCCCACUAAGAGAUUUAAGCUUCCCAGAAAGUUCUUUGAUGAUUGCAAUGGCGUUGAUCUUGCCUCGGUUCCACGGAAGCUCCGAUCAGCAAUGAAGAAGCGCAAUCGUGAAUCUGCAUCUCCCGCCCGGUCUUUACCAAAUGCAAAGAAGAAACAAGGAGGCUCAGAAAUCACCAAAGAUGAGGAAGAAGUUGUGGAGACGUUGUAUGCUUUGGCAGGACUGUUUCCCAGAAACGAUUCAAAUGAUGAUAGUAAAGUAGACUCUGAAUCGUUAGAUGCAAAUGCUUCAGCUUUGCCAGAGUCAAAGGAGAGUUUGACAUCUGCAUUUGAAGUUGGAAAUGAUAAAUCGGGUUCAAACUCCCCCUUGAGAGCUACCAAGGCUGCCAGUCCAUCAAAUGUAGAAAGAUUAGUAAAAGAAAAUGAUCAAGUUGAUUGUUUGAACAAACCCAGUACUCAACAAGAGCCUGAGUCACCUAACAGCAGGAAAUCAAGUAUAAAUUCAGAUAAUUCAGUUCCUCAAAGUCUGAAUGUUUCGUCAUUGUCAGUGAAAGUUGAGGGGUGCAAUGAAAAGCAUGCUACAAGCAGUGCUGUCAACUUUUGCAUAUCUGAUCUAAACCUGGAUAGUUGCAGGUUAAAGCAGCCUGUGCAAGAGUUGUCCUCAAUUCCUGAGAGAAAACCAGUAAUAGCACUGGAGCUGAGCACAACUGUUGGGGCUCAAAUUGUACUGCACGAUAUGGACCAGGAAACAAAGAAAAAUGGUCCAGUAUUGUGGCCUGGCUUGUCUUCAAGUGUCUCUCAUGGUGCUAGGAAUGAUAGUCCAUCAUCAUUGUCACAGUCUCCUGCUGCUAAAAUUCCGCACUGGCUUGAUGCUGCCUUGUCUACCUCAAGAGCUUCGGUCCAAAAUGGUUCGUCUUUUGGAAAGGUGACUACUGUUCUCAAUGGUAGAAGGUCGUGUAAGAAGUGCGCAGCUCAUGUUUACAUAAGUCACUUAAUUCAGGCUUUACAAAACUCCGAGCGUAAAAAUAAGAUACAGCUACAGCCUAAUCAAAUGAGACCACAUGAAGGAUCAAAACAAGUGGCUUUUCUGGGAGUUAAUAUCAAUGCUAAAUCGAACAAUGGUUUAAACGGGAUUCUUUCUACUAGUAGUAUAGGUACUUCUAUUUCAGAAAAAAAUUCAACCGAAGCUAAGAACGGUACACUGCAGCAGAUGAAACUCCAUCAAGAUCAGCCACAGUUCGCCAUGGGAUCUUGGGCAUACACUUCACCAAAGCAGAGUAUUGAUUUCCUGUCAUUGUCAGCUGGAGGUUGUGGCUCAGAAAGUAAUAAUAGUUUUAGCAGAUCUAGAAACGGGAUGGAGCCAUCGUCACAAUCCCAAGCUACUUAUAUCCAUCCCCUCAUGCAACGUCACACACUCGUUCCUUUCUCUUUGCCCCCGUCUCAGUACAGCUCUUCCGCUCACCCUAACAAUCCUUCAGUGUCCCAGCAGGGCCAGAUGCAGCUAUCUCCAUAUCAUGGCAACCCAUUUUGUGGUCCUCAAGCAAGCCCCACAGCCUCGACAAAGCAGCAACCUCAACAGCAACAUCUUCAGCUCCAACAGCAUCAGCAGAGGCUUUGGGCCAAUCACUUAGCGGCUCAGUACAGGCCGGUGGGAACUUCAGCGCCCGCAGUUCAUGUUCCCGGUUGGCAAAAUGGAAGGCAGGAUAUGAUGCUGAUGCCAUGCAGCCAAGGUCUAAUGUCUCCAUCCCCUUCAACACUUGAACUUGUUGGUCCCAAGUACGCACCACUGUCUCAACAACAGCUAAUGGCUGUCACUUCAUCUUUUCCUCCCGGCAGGGUGAAACGACAGGAACACCACCUACCUUCUGUGUACGAGGAAUCUGGAGGUGGAUUUCGUGCUGGAAGUGCGAUGCCACUGCAGUUGCUCUGCAGCGAGCGCCUCUAG